AUGAAUCAGGAGGAGAGCAAUCUCGACAAAUUCGAGCGAUAUGUGAUGAACAAUAUACCGAUCCGACUCAUACGUCUAUCAGACAUGAAGUUUGUUGUGCGCAGUGAUGUCAAGAAGCACUUCCGGAGCUCUGUACCACUAGAGGACAGUCUGUAUCACCCCUCCGAAAGCGUACGAUACGCCAUUCUAUCUCAUCGAUGGCUGGAUGAAGGAGAGCCAACCUACGAUGAUAUGAAGGCGAACAUAGCGGAAAGCCUGGCGGGAUACACGAAGCUGAUAAACUUCUGCAAAAAAGCCAGAGAGUACGGGAUGGAAUUUGCGUGGUCGGACACCUGCUGUAUCGACAAAAACAACAGCACCGAGCUAGACGAGUCGAUUCGUUCCAUGUUUCGAUGGUAUCGCAAUUCAGCCAUCUGUAUCGUGCACCUGGCGCAAAGCGAGACCAUUGCAGAUGUAGAGCAUGAUGAGUGGUUUACAAGGGGCUGGACGUUGCAAGAACUCCUUGCGCCCGAGAGGAUUAAAUUCUUUUACAAGCGCUGGACGCCCAUGACAGAUGAUGAAGAUGACAAGAACAUGGAACCGACUGAAGUAAUGGAGACUCUGGAAAGAGCGUCUGGUAUCUCUUUUGAUGACCUCUUCUUCACACCAGGUCCUAUCAGGGUGGAUAAACGAAUGACAUGGGCAGCAAGACGCAAGACAACAAGGGCCGAAGAUGUGGCUUAUUCUUUAAUGGGAAUGUUUGACGUCAGCCUCCAGGUCGCUUACGGAGAGGGAGGAGACCGCGCCUUCUGCAGGCUUAUUGAGGCAAUCAUGCAGGCCGGCGAUCCUUCCGUCUUCAACUGGAAGGGCCAGAGUGCAGAACAUUGCACUUCACGCGCUAUUCCUCAAUCGCCCCAGAGCUACGUGGACUGUCAAGAUUUGGAAUUCGAUGAUGAGCGACUCGAGAUGACGAUGACCAGCCUCGGCUUACGAGUGCCUCUAGCGAUACUUCCACUCAAUGUUUCUUGGAGACGGUUUGAUGGCUCGAGUACCCAACUCAAACUCAAGUGUCCGCUGUGUCCGACCAUCGAAAUUGACUUCACUUCAUAUGACCAUACUAAUUUGUUUCCAGAAGACAUUGGAAAAGCUAUGUCUGACGAAUACUCGUGGGUUUAUGCACUCGGAGUUGUCAACUACUCAAAUAUCGAAGGAUUACGCGAAGUCCUUGGGAUCCGGCGCAAAUCAGCUGGCUUUAUUCUAGCGCGGAAACCCAAGUCAACUUUCCCACCGGGAUUUCAACCAAGUGACAUUCUUGGGAUCACAAUUGUGUGUCGCCCAGAAAAGAAAUUCACGAAGUGGUCAUUGAUAAACAGCGGGGGUUUGAUUGCGGUUGAGUUUCCGAAUAUACCGGAGGAAUCGGUUGUCUACAUCGAUCCUGACUACUUACAAUCCGUGUACUUAUAG